CAUUCGUAAUUUCCACGCCUCUUCUCUGAGUUGGGUUCCUCUGCUUUGCGCGAAUCUGCAGUUCUUCCAAUAGGAUUUUAGGGCAAAUCCGAUGGAACUGCAAGCGUAUUCUGCAGUUUGGUGCUCAACAUUGGCACCCAUAUGCCGCCUGAUCAAAUGGCGAACGUACCUGGACCGUUGAUUUGGGAGAUAGUGAAGAAGAAUAACUCGUUUCUUGUGAAGGAGUUUGGAAAUGGAACUGCAAAAGUACAGUUCAGUAAAGAGACUAACAACCUCUGCAAUGUUCACUCCUUCAAGCACUCCGGACUAGCAAACCGCAAGACAGUUACAAUUCAGCCCGGAGGUAAAGAUCUGUCUGUGGUACUUGCAACUUCAAAAACAAAGAAACAAAACAAUCCCUCAAUUUCACUUCAGAAGUCAGUAAUGAAGAAGGAGUUCCCUCGAAUGGCAAAAGCUGUUGUGAAUCAGGUUUCAGAUAAUUAUUACAGGGUUGAUCUAAAGAAGGCAGCUCUUGCAAGGUUGAGUGCUGUGCACAGGAGCCUCAAGGUUGCCAAAUCUGGUGUGAAGAAGAGGAACAGGCAGGCUGUCUAAUUCCACGCUUGAAAGUGAGACACUUGAGGAUGGAAGAGGACUAUUUUGAACUUUGUCCUUUUUUUGACAUUCUAGAUGGUUCUAGUCUUUAAAAAAAAAAAAAAUUCAAUGUAUUGCAAAGAAAUUUUUCCUAGAUUCCAAUCUAUAAAAUAUUAAAUAAUUCUCUACGUUCUGCCAUUUUUGUGUUGUUAAAAGCGAGCAUGAAUGCCAUCUUUCCAUGGUGACUGAGCUGGUCAGACUUAAAAUUGCUAAUGCCUGCACCAUUACCUUGAGGAUGUGUUUGGAAUGUAGAAAUGGAAUGUGAAUAAGUAGGGGAAUGGAAGUGAAUUGCAAUGAAAGAGAUCAAAAUUCUUACAAAUUGGGUUUUAGGUUUUAUGACAAUAAAUUAUUUUUUAGUUUCAC